AAAAAAAAAAAAAAACUAUAUAGAAUGGCACUUUAUUACGGCAUUGUUUUUGCGAUUUUAACCUUGGAGAUCAUUGCAUUCUUCUUAUUUUUGUUGCCUAUUCCUACACGUUGGCAAAAACCUGUGUUCCGCUGGUUGGCUACCUCACCUGCUGUUGCUCAUGCUCAAUACAUUAUGAAGGUGGUGUUUGCUUUCAUAUUCGUACUUUUCUUGGAUGCUGUGAAUACUCUCAAGGCAUUUUAUGAAGUGGUGAAUGCUGAAGAAGAUCAUACGGCACCUACAAUGGCCUCUACUGACUUUAGAGCUCAAGUAGGCCAAGCAGCUAAAAAGUUUUACGCACAAAGAAAUUUAUAUCUCACUGGAUUUACCAUGUUGCUUUUACUUAUUUUGAACAAGAUCAAGAAUAUGUCUCUUGAUUAUAUUAAGCUUGAAGAUGAAUUAAUUCAACUUGAAGGAGCUACUUCAACCGAUCCUGCUAUCAGAAAAGCCAGUCAUGAUAUUGAUACUGCACCCAUUGAAGCUCAUGUUACAAAGCUUGAACCCGUUGAACAAGCAAAUGAAAAGAAAAAGGACAUUUAAAAAACGGG